AGCAAACGCAAUUACAGCUUGUUGCCCAUUUUCCUAGUUUUUCUUUUUUUAUUGUACUCAGAAAAGCUGAAAGCAAGAAAAGCAACUUCCCAUUUUCCCCAUUUUUGGCCUUUUCAGACAACCAUCCAGUUCGAGCAUUAUUUGCGUUCUUCUCCUAUCUCUCUUUACCUCUCGGGAAUGGAGUCGUUUGUUUUCCUCUUCUAGCCCCACAAGUUUUGAGAAAGGAGGGAGCUUCCUUGAAGCUGAAGCUUGUGAGGUUGAAAUGGGCUUGAACAGACCUCAUAAACCCAGCAAUGGAGUCUCUACCAGAUGGGUUUCUAUCUUCUGCAUUGCCAGCUUCUUCUUGGGGGUUCUUGUUGUCAACAGGUUAUGGGCUAUUGAUCCAGUCAAAAUGGAUGAGGAAGCUUCAUCUGUGAAGGAACAUCAAUUAAAAAUGUCUCAUCCUGUAGUUAAUUGCGAAAAGAUGGAUACUCCUGUCCAGGCAGGGGACAUCCUUUCUCAAGUUGCACAAACUCAUGAUGUAAUCAUGACGCUAGACAAAACAAUCUCAUCGUUGGAAAUGCAGCUGGCUGCUGCAAGAGCUGUCAAAGCUGACAGUGAGGAAGGAUCUCCUAUGGUCUCAAAAUCUGGAACUGUGCAUUUGAAGCAGCGACCGAAAGUCUUUUUUGUUAUGGGUAUAAUUACAGCGUUCAGCACUAGAAAACGAAGGGAGUCAAUUAGAGAAACUUGGAUGCCCAAAGGAGAGGAGUUAAAGAAGUUGGAAACAGAGAAGGGUAUCAUCUUACGAUUUGUAAUAGGACACAGUGCAUCACCAGGUGGUGUUUUGGAUCGAGCUAUUGAUGCAGAAGAAGAGCAGCAUAAGGAUUUCCUACGGCUGAAUCAUAUUGAAGGAUAUCAUGAAUUGUCAUCGAAAACACAAAUAUACUUUUCAACUGCAGUUGCCAGGUGGGAUGCUGACUUCUACAUCAAAGUUGAUGAUGACAUACACGUGAAUCUUGGUAUGGUUGGCUCUACUUUGGCCCGCCAUAGAUCCAAACCCCGUGUUUAUAUCGGUUGUAUGAAAUCUGGACCAGUUCUGUCACAGAAAGGUGUCAAGUACCAUGAACCAGAAUAUUGGAAAUUUGGUGAGGAGGGAAACAAGUAUUUUAGGCAUGCAACUGGGCAAAUAUAUGCAAUUUCCAAAGAUUUGGCCACCUACCUUUCAGUAAAUCAGCGCAUACUUCAUAGAUAUGCAAAUGAAGAUGUCUCACUAGGAUCAUGGUUUAUUGGUCUUGAUGUUGAGCACAUUGACGAUCGAAGCCUCUGUUGUGGAACUCCGCCUGACUGCGAGUGGAAGGCUCAAGCAGGGAAUCCUUGCGCUGCAUCAUUUGAUUGGACGUGCAGUGGCAUUUGCAAGUCAGUGGAGAGGAUGGAGGAAGUACAUCAGCGGUGUGGGGAAGGUGAUGGAGCAAUCUGGCAUACAAGUUUCUGAAACUUUUCAAAUUCAAAUGUGGUUGUAACAUAGCUGUGUAUGUAUGAUAAAGGCUGUGGAUCAGACGAGCACCAUCUGCCCGAUUUUUGCCGUUUGAUGCCUCGGACAGUUGGUGCAUCAUGCAUGUUUAAUUAAAUUUAUUACUCACAUACAGAUUGCCAAGCGAGAACGAGAAAUAGUGAAAGAUCUUUUAGUUUA